AUGCCCCGCCAUGGCGCAGACAGUGUUUACCAGCCAGGGCAGAAUGUGGAGAUUCACGACCUCAUCAACGCGACACACUUGAACGGCCUGAAGGGUGUGGUUUUGUAUCCCGAUCCGCAUCGUGCUGGACGCUGGGGUAUACAGAUCACACUGAGCACUGGUGACCUCGCAACUAAAUCUAUCCGCGAAGAGAAUCUUUCUCCGAGUAUCAUUGAUGAGACUCGAGCGGGCGAGAAGCCCGGCAGUGCGAUCAGUGGCAAUGGGCUAAGCUUGCUUGGAGGCGUUGCUGGGCGGCUGGACGAGAUGGACGAUGACCACGACCACCAGGAUGGCGACAACCCCUACUUCGCGAGUGACUUCCCCGGUGAGGACGCGGGGGCUCGCAGCGCGGAGCACUACACCUCGGUGGACGCGGAGGUCGCGGCCAAGGAGUACAUCAACCUUACUCGGGAGCCUGGAUCAAAGGUUCGGGUUCAAGGCCUGGAGGGACAAUCUCGCUCUUGGCUUAACGGCCGCGAGGGUGUGGUAGUGUGCGCAGGCUUUCAUGGAGAAGAGUAUUGUCAGUUGGAGUUCACCACCCUGUCUGGCAAACGAGAGGUAAGGCUUGUCUCUCACAAGCACCUUGUCCUCUGUCCGUCAGAUACUGCAGCAAGCGACGUAUGGCGCGCAGGAAAACCGAGGAAUGCAGAAACUGACCUGCCCGAAGAGAUCCCGCCGCCUGGUUGCGUAGUGCGAGCUGCAGGCCUUCAGAACUCACCUGCGUUGAACGGCUGUGAGGGUGUGCUCGCACGCCCGGAUUAUGCCAAACCGGAUCGCUGGUGUGUGCUAUUUAGCCACUCAUCCAAGCCGACAUCCAUUCAUAGGAAAAAUUUUCUUCUUGACGACCUGUCAGCUUGCCGCGUGCUCGAAGCAGAUUGUCUUGCCCAAGACGUGGCAGCCAACUAUGCAUCCAGCUUGCAUGUUUCACGAGAUGCACCGACAGGUUUGACACCAGCACUUGCCAGUGCAAUCACGAAGGACUUCCCUAUUUGCUUCACCAAAGAAUAUCUGUCUGCAACUUUGUCAGAGCGCCGCUUCUUGACCACCCUGGGGGUUCAUAUAUGUAUUGCAGUAGUGGCUUGGGCCCCCCGCCCAGAGCCUCAAGGUUUCAUUGCCCAUGUGCACACAGAAUGUUUGAAAUAUGGGUUGGAUCACGGACGCAAAGCACCUGCGGAGGUUGCAGCCGCCAUGAUCCAAACUUUCGCAGAAGUAUCAGAUGUCGAAGUCCAUUUAGUCGGUGGACACCGUAGCACGAACGUGAUCGUCCCAUUGAUGCACAGAUUUCCGCACGAACCCGAGAAGCAGACGUUCACAUGGCAUGUGGAAAAUAUGCUUCACAAGGCAGGCUUCUCGCGGAUCAACAAGCAGAUGCUGAUGCCUUUCCAGGGGCAUUCUCGGAUGAUGUAUGAGUCUGCCAAUUGGUCCGAUGUUGAGAUAAUCCGGGAGAACCAGCGAUUCACCAUCGUGGCAUUGGAUCUGAGGACCGGUCUGGUGGUCACUCACAGUAAAGGCCAAGGCGGGAGGGCGAAAGAAACGCUUGGCGCCAGUUGGCCGGCUGUCGAUGCACAGUACCACAAGGAAGCAAUGUGGACGACGACGUGCUGCAAGCAGUUUGGGCCCAUGACCGAUGCUAGGCUGAGAGCAUUCUGA